AUGCUCCUGAGGCGCUACCGACCGCCGACCGGGAAGAAGAAUUUGAUAGCUUGCACCGCCAAGUCAAGAUCAACACAUCCAUCUUCCUCGACCAGUUACGGACUCAAGAUUCAGCCAACACUCAGCAAGACUCGAGUACACUCAAGCGCUCGUCGCUCCCUAUGCGUUGGCCGACAAUCCGAUCGAAAGGCGGCGAAGAACACCACUUAA